UUCAGUUUGUCUGGAUGUGGUGGAGAACUCGCACUACUCAAAUUGUGAGCUCAUUGGGCAUAAAUAGAGAAAGAGAAAAAAAUAAUUGAUAAACUAGGGUAAAUGGUAGUCCGGGCAAAACCAGGGAACUUAGUUUGACGUUACUGUAGACAGAGUUCAGGACCGAGGAUUUAGUUAAAGACUUGAUUUGUUUCUGACUGGCGCCACAGGUUGCCAGUUUAAAGAGGAACCUGAAGACAACUGAAGAUGAGGAACAUGAUUUGGAUUUAUGCUGUGGUUAUCUUCUUGUUGUCUGAAGCAUGGAGCAUGGAUACAGGAACUAAUCAAACCACCCCUACGAACGCCACCACAGUUUAUGUUGUCAGACAUGAAACUUUCUUCCCGGGGAGUGAAGUUCAGCUGACAUGCAGCAAUAAGACAUGGGAUACAAUGCUGUUUGUUGUUUGGAAAAUAAAAUUGAAAGACAAAAAUGACUGUAUGAUAGCUUUUAAAAACGGUGGAGAAAGCGACGAUUCCUGUAAUGAUGGCAAAUCACUCCGAAACAAGUCCAACGCCCUGUCCUACCUUAACAUCCCAAACAUCUCAGAUACUGACGAGGGGCUCUACAAGUGUGAGUCGGUUUACUCAGGAGGAGUCAACCAUUAUGCCAUCAAUGUGGCUAUCGUAGUUUCUCCCAGUAUAUCAGCCUGGUUAGACCAUAAAGACAACAAGAUGUUUGCAGUGUGCAAGGCUGAAAGAGGAAAACCUGCUGCCAACAUCAGCUGGAGUAAUAUGGGAAACGCAUCUUCUGUGGAGACCGGCUCAGAUGGAUUUUUUACUGUAGAAAGUCGCCUGGAGCUCGUCGAGGGAAUGGACAUAGAAAACCUGAGCUGUGCUAUCAGGCACCCAAACUGGAAAGGGGAAAAGUUUUUGGUACCAAAACACGAAAAAGGUUAUUUCCCUUGGCUGUAUGUCCUUAUUGUUGUUGUAAUCAUCGUGCUUUUAGCAGGAAUUUCAUUCUUCGCAAUAAAGAAAAUAAUAACAUUGAGGCAAUGCCAGCAGCGAUGCCAGACCUCACCAUCCAAAUAUCCACCGGCAGAAGAUGUGGAGGAAGUGGAACCCUACGCCAGCUAUGUUCAACGUGUGAACUCUAUCUAUAACUCUUCCAUAGAUUUGUUCAGAUAAAACCCUGCACAUACAUCACACUCACACAUCACGCUCACAAAAUGGAAGGCACAUGGCUCUUUGUGAGAAACUGGAGGCUGUGAAACUGAGAAAUGGUUAAAUAGAGGACAGUGAGAUGAGAGACUUUGAUAAGGGAGGGAAGUCUCUCAGUUUGAAGUCUGCCUCAACUAAACUCUUGACUGAUGGAACAGGGGAUGUAUCUGAUGUUACACACUUAUUGCACUGCACAUGCAGCCCACUACUCUCUGUGUGUGGGUGUCAUGGAGGACAUUAAUAAUAACUGUAGUUACAAAUGCUAGGAAUUGCUGAGUUGGAAAGAAUACCGCCUUCAGUCAGACUCAGUAUGCCAAGACUACAGAACUUUUGACGUUAUCAUGAAAUACAUGGGCUACGAUUAUAUGAUCAUUAUUAUCAUUAUUAUUAUUAUUAUUAUAACACAUACAGUAUUUAUAGAUAAACUGUAAAGAGAUGCUCACCUUUUAACUGAUUAUUGCUUUGGUCAACCUAGUAAACUCCCAAUUAGAGAACACAGGUGUAAAAUUGCCUCGAGAUAAUGUGGAAUAUAUUAUGUGAGGUAUUCAUGUAAUGUAUAAUCAUGUAAUUGUGUGUGUUAAACACAUGUCCGAAUAGACCACUAGCUAAGCUCUAAAAGAUUAAAGAGAACACUAAAAAAUAGUAAAAGUAAACGACUGCAGGAUGUACGUUUUUGCUUUUUUCCCCACUGUGGUUAAUAUUUGAAAAAGGUUAAAUGUCGACUUUAAUAUCCUUUGCUGCAAACUGAUUCUUGCUUUAACUCCAACCUUGUGUCAGCCAUUUGAUGAUUAUGAGCAUCAGACAAUCCGAAUAAAUGGUGAGUUUUGGAAUUCGGUUCAAUACUCUCAUGAUGAGUGUAAACCCAUUUCUGAAAAAUUUAUUUAGAGGAAAUGGAAAUGGAAAAAGGACUGUUCUGCCAUCUGCUGGUGGAGAUCAGAACAUAGUCUCUGUUUGAAUUUUGCUUUUUAAUUGUAGUCUACAGCAACUAUAAUGUUACUCAAAUUCACACUGAAUAUUUAGUUGAACAGAAAAGAGGAAGCUGUCAAAUGCAUUUCUUCCCACAGAACAUGAAACACUUAGACUUUUUGUUUUUUACUCGUCUAUUUCUGGUGAACACAUUCACACGAUUUCCUUUGUGAAAUGUAACCAAGAACCUUAUCUAAGGUUUUGCUUUAAAAUAGAUUAUUGCCAUGAUUUCUGGAAUCACAAUUCCAAAUGAUUUCAGUGAUUCAAUUGAUUAAUACAACCGAAUAAUUAACCAAUGUGGUAAAAGGGGUUUUAAUCACUAAAAAUAUAAAUAAAACCACAAAGAAACAAAUGCAAUUUGCAGUAAUCUACACCACUUUACUUUUCCAUAUGCAUCCAGUCAAAUAUCUAGUUUUUAUUAUAUCGGGUGCGCAGUUGUUCUAUAGAGCAAUGUUUCUAAAAAUAAGCACAAAUUCCACAAAGCAGUUCAAGAUGUUUGUUGUUGGCAUAUUAACAUUGCAGUCUUCCAUCAUGGAUUAGAUAAUGUGGCAACGGCCACAACUGCACACACAAUUCUGCCAUUAUGUUAUACAAACAUUUGAGCUACAUGUUAGUCUGGGCAUAUACACGUUGUUAGUGAAGUCUGGUUUUAGGCAUUUUGACGUAGGGUUAAGUUUCUGCAACUGUUUGCUUUAAGGUGAAGAUAAAACUUUUAUCUGCAUAGAAAAUAAUAGUGACAGCAGAUGUGCUAUAUUAACUAUUUUGACUAUAAAUCACGUUGCAUAAGUGUUUUCUGAUACAGGGUUUUUAUAGCCGCCAUUCUUUUCCUUUCAUGGUGGAAAACAGCUCUCCUGCACAUACACCCCUUGCAAGGGAAAAAACAUUUGAAAGACAAAUGUUUCUACAAACAAAAACAAAUAAAAUGUUUUUUAAAGUUCAACACAAAGUGGCUUUAAGAUUACGAUUGAGAUUCUCAGUCAUCAGGUUGUGUUGUAGCUAACAGUGACUCUGUUUGCUGUUUUGGAGACAUUGCUGUGUUUUGGAGAUGUUCAAAAUAGAUAUAAACUCUUGCAUCAGUCAUCAAU